GUUGUUCCGCGAGGGCCCCCUGCGGUCGGCGCAGACGCCCCGCUCGCCAGAGGAGCACGCGAGCGAGCAGCCGCUGUUCUGCCAGGAGGCCUCGUGCGCCGCGGCCUGCGGGCCGCCCCAGGCCGCCCUGGCGCUGGCGGCGGGUCGGCUGCGCCGCGCCGAGCUGCUGGAGUUCGUGCGGCACAACGAGGGCGACGGCGCCGCCCUGGCCCGCUGGCUCGACUUCGCGUCCAAGACGCCCGCGCUGCCGGUCCUGGGCGGCGAGGCCGCGCCGGGCAUCUUCGCCGCGCCGGGCGCCGACGAGCCGGGCGGGUCCGGGUGCGCCGGGGCGCUCGCCUGCUUCUGCUCCGCCGGCUGCCGCGACCAGUGGCUGCGUGGCGGGCACCUUGCCGCCGCGGCCAGCCGCGGGUGCGUCGCCGCCCGCGCGCUGCUGCGGCGCGCGGAGGAGGCGGGCGGCCCCGACCCGACCCUGCGUCGGAACCUGACCGUCAUGACGGCCGAGGCCCUCCUAGAAGCCGCACGGCCGUGGCUGGCAGACCUCCGGGCCGGCCGCCUGGGGAGGGCGCACAGGGGCGUGCUGGGCGCGCUGGCUCCGAUCCUGGGCGCCGCCGCGGGGGCCUCGCCGCUGCGGCGCGGCGCGCUGCCGACUCGGGCCCUCGCGAGCGCCCACUCGCUGCUGCUGGACGCCGUCGUGGAGGUGGCCAGCGGCGCCGGCGGGUGGCAGCUCCAAGCGAGCGGGCGGAGGCUGCGCCGCCAGUGGGCCGGGCUGGUGCUGCCGCGGGGCCUCUUCGAGGGCGUCCUCGCUGUCCUGGACAAGUGCGCGUGGUCCCUGGACGGGUCCACGCUGCCCUCGCCGCUGGCGCGCUACUGCGGCGCCCUGCGCGGGGGCGGCGGUGAUGGCGCGGCGGAAGCCGAGGCGGUGGCGGCCAUCGGCCCCGUCGUGCGGGCGCUGUGCGAGCAGCAGGACGCGCUGGCCGAGGACUCCGAGGAGGAGGGCGAGGAGGCCGGCUCCGCAGGCGAGGCCGCCGCCGCGGAGGCGCCGCCGGGGGCCAUCCCGCUGCCGCCCCCGGAGCGCGCCCGCGGCAUGCGGCCCGUGCUGGUGCCCCACCUGCUCGGCGCGGAGGAGAUUGCCCUCGUGAAGCAGGUGAGCCAAGACGCGGCGGCGCGAGACCACCACAAGCACGCCGCCGGGAGCCAGUGGCGCACGCGCUACCUGCGGGCGGGGCGUUCCGGCACCUGGCCGCGGCGCUCCUCGAGAAGCUGCGGGGGGCGGCGCUGGAGGCCGCCCUCGGGCCCGGCGGCUGGGGCCUGCUGCGGGGCAUGGACGCGGCCCGGCUGAGGCCCCGCGUGCUGGAGCACCACCUCGUCUCGGCCGGCGGGGCGCUGUCGGACCCGACGCACUUCGACGGCGGCUCGCUGCUGACCCUCGACGUGAUGCUGAGCGAGCCGGGGAGGGACUUCGGCGGGGGGGAGUUCUGCACGACGGAGGCGGACGGCACCCACGCGCACCACAGCUUCGGCCAGGGGGACGCGUUGGUCUUCGUGUCCCACAAGCCCCACCACGUGCGCCCCGUCACCUGGGGGUUGAGGCAAGUGCUCAUCCUGGAGCUCUGGGACGGCGACGGGGAG